AAAAAGAUGGGUUUGCUCGAACUGUGCCGGGAGGCCUUCGGUGCGGGCGACCUGUACCAGGUGCUGGGCGUGAGGCGUGAGGCGUCGGCCAAUGAACUCCGCCGUGGCUACCACAGGGUCUCGCUCCGGGUGCAUCCCGACCGCGCUGACCCGGCUGAUAAGGAGCGCGCCACCCGGCAUUUCCAGAUCCUCGGCAAGGUGUACGCAGUACUAAGUGAUGAGGAACAGAGGGCGUUAUACGAUCAACAAGGGAUCCUGGAUGAGGAAUCAACUGUGUUGACCCAAGAUCGUAACUGGGACGAAUACUGGAGGUUGCUAUUCAAAAAAAUAACUGUAAAAGAUAUUGAAGAUUUUGAAAAGAAAUACAAAUAUUCCACAGAAGAGCUGGAGGACAUUAAAGCCGCAUAUGAAGACUUUAAAGGCGAUAUGGACAAAAUCAUGGACUCUGUGCUAUGUGUUGAUUAUACAGAUGAACCAAGAAUAAGACAGAUUAUUCAACAUGCUAUUGAUUCUGGAGAACUUUCAUCUUAUAAAUCCUUUGUAAAUGAGUCUAAGAGAAAGAUAAAUGCAAGAAAAAGAAGGGCAGAAAAGGAAGCUAAAGAGGCAGAAGAAUCCAGGGAACAAAUGGGACUUGGAGAAGGAGAUGAUGAUCUGAAAGUACUAAUUCAAAACAGAAUAGAUAGUCGAAAAAAGGAAAUGGAAGGUUUUCUGGCUCAGAUGGAAGCAAAGUAUGCAAACAAACCCAAAAAAGGAAGAAAGAAAGCAACUGCUAAAAAAUGACUGAUUUUCAUUUACCCCUAAUUCGCAGCACACUUUCAGCAGUUAAUUGAUGUAAAACAAAAAGUGCAGCAGGAUUUUAGAUACAAUUAGCAAAUUUCCAGCAAAAUAGCUGUGAACAUUUUGUAGGAACAGCCUUUCUACACAGAAAACUUGAUCAAAUCCUUACCAUACUAUAUUUCUGUAGAAUAAUAUUGUUCACCUAUUGCUGAGUUGAAUGUAAAACCUUCUUUAAAAUUAAAAAAUGAGCAAAUUGUUAAAUUUAAAUUGUUUUCAGAAGUGUACCAGAAACAUUGUAGGUGAAACUUACAGGUAUUUGGAAACAUUUUGAAAUGAUGUAUUGUUAAGUCACCUUUUCACAGUAACAGUAGUGCCUUGAGUCCAAAAUGAUGGUAGUUUGUAUGCAUACAUAAGAACUAUAUAUUUUAAACAUUUCUAACAACUCUACAAGUAAUUUUAAUAGUGCUACAUGAACUGAAAUCUUUACUAACUUUAAUGCAGUGAGACUUGAGAUCAGGAAGAGAAAAUUUCUUUAAAGCAAUUAUAUGCAAUUGUACCAGUGUUUGCAAGGGCAUGAAUUCUCUGAAUACAUCUGACUUAAAGAAGAGUGUGCAUUGUCCUUCUGGCUUAUGUAUGAUUACAGCUGGGGAUCAGUCUUUGAAUAUCUUAACUCUUCCAUUCUGGAAGAAAUGCUGGCUAUGGCAACCUAUAUCCAAUCAGUUUGACAUGCUCAAACCCAGGUUGGCUGGGAUGGGGAAAGUAAUACUUACCUUUCUAAUCAUAUCUCUUCCAAUAUCUCUUUAUAAGCAUAAGGCAAAAAUAUGCCCAGCAAAUACAAACAUGAAGCAAAACUGUUACUGUAAAAUCAGAUAGUCUUGCAGGUUGAGAGCAAUAUAGGAAUGAAAGCUGUUGUAAAAGCAAAAGCAAUGCACUGGAAGAUUGCAUAAUCAACAGGUCAGCUACUCAAAAUGAAGUCAGCUUUCUAAACCAUAGCCAAUGUGAGCAUAGAAAUUAAUUCUGAUUUUUAAACAGAAUUAUUUAUUAUAGCUACCCAAUCUAAUAGACUCUGGAUGACCUUCAAUAUCAGACUAUAUAAUGGCAGCAAAAGUAACAGCUCAGAUUAAAACAAAUAGUCAUAACACAACAAAUAUACUAACCCCAACCCUGAGAACAUUAGAUAUGGAGAGGAAAACAAGGGUUAUGUGCAUAGACCCAUGUGACUUGGAUUCCCAGGGCUGUAAUCAAACUGAGCACAUUACUGAAUUUCAGUGGCAAAGUUUCCUAACCAUUGAGACAGCACAAAAGCAGACUCAAUAUAUUCCAAAA